CGGUGUCGUGUGUUAGUCGGGCCGUGCCGGCAAAAGAAACAGCGCGCUAUUUCGACGCCGGGUUUCGGAACCACAGAGGCCUCCUCGAUUCUACACAGCGGUGUGUGCGCAGAGCGUGAAGGGGAAAGAAAAAAGGGGUGUUUGUGCCUCUCUUUCCCUCGGUGUACCGCCGCGUCGUCUUCGUCUGCGAAGCGUGUGCAUUGUCGUCUUGUCUCUGCGUCGUGGGCGGCAGAAGGGAAAGGCCUCGCUGGCGACGCAUCAUCGGUGGUCCGUCGUCGCCAAGUGCUGCUGCUGCUGCUGGUGCCGCCGCUGGAAUCGGGGUAACACAACACGUUCGAGCUUCGAUCGAUAGUUGAAGAUGGCGGGAACGCAGGACCAAAAGUGGCAAAAGGAUGCGGUGGACCAGAACUUUGAUUACAUGUUCAAAAUCCUCAUAAUUGGAAACAGCAGUGUUGGCAAGACGUCGUUCCUGUUCCGGUACGCCGACGACUCCUUUACGUCGGCCUUUGUCUCCACGGUAGGCAUAGACUUCAAAGUCAAGACGGUCUUCCGACACGACAAGAGGGUCAAGCUCCAAAUUUGGGACACAGCUGGCCAGGAGCGCUACCGAACAAUCACAACGGCCUACUACCGUGGGGCUAUGGGCUUCAUCCUAAUGUAUGAUGUCACUAACGAAGAGUCUUUCAACAGUGUUCAAGACUGGGUGACGCAGAUCAAGACGUACUCUUGGGACAACGCCCAGGUGAUCUUGGUGGGCAACAAGUGUGACAUGGAGGACGAGCGGGUGGUGAGCGCCGAGCGUGGCCGGCAACUGGCCGACCAGCUCGGGCUGGAGUUCUUCGAGACGUCGGCCAAAGAGAAUGUCAAUGUCAAGGCCGUCUUCGAGCGCCUCGUCGACAUCAUCUGCGACAAGAUGUCCGAGAGCCUCGACUCGGAUCCCGCGCUCCUGGCGGGCGGCGGCGCCAAGGGCACGCAUCUCACCGACAACCCCGCCGCACCUGCAAACGCCUCCUGCCAGUGCUAGAG